GCUCCAGUAUUUGAUAUGCGAUGUAUGUGGCGAUGCCGGACGAGGACCAAGUUUAUGAUGAUAACAACCUUACUCUCUCUCUUGAUUUUACUACACUGGUACAAUAGUUCUAUUAACCUGUCUCCCACCACCAAGCCUAGAAACAGUGUAACUACUCAGUCUGCUAAACUACACACUGAGAAGCAAACACAUGACCUGAUACAUGACAAUCAUGUUGUCCAUUUUACAGACUUGUUAGCUGACUUACAAGAGUUUGGGCCAGAUAAGGAGGUCACAGAUCCAAGAGUAAAUGGGUUAUCAGGCCAGGAAGUUACUUACCACACAGAGACUAAUCAGGGUGUUACUCAGGGUGUUGUUACUCAGGGUGUUACUCAGGGUGUUACAUAUAAACCUGAGUCCAAUAAAGGUGUUACUCAGAGUGUCGUUAAACCUGAGACUAUAAAACAGGAUUCUGUGAGUUGGCUCUAUGAUGCUCCUAAUAUUAAAAUAUACCCAUCUGUCACAGAGGACAUAUUACCGGAAUAUUUUGACCCCGAUAUUGAUCAGGUAUCUCAGUUUGAGCGUUAUCACAACAGAACGCAAGCUAUUAUUGAUAAGAGACUUGAAACUCUCGAAAAGAGCUGUGCAGGGAUCAGAAGAUACGUGAAGCACGAGCAAGAUUUCAUCUUUUACUUCCCGGAACUGAGGAUGGGUUGGUGCCCGGUGUUCAAAGCGGCGAGUACUAACUGGAAACAGUUCUUUUGUAAAAUAUACCUUCCAGAUGUGUACGAUGAAUGGCGGAUUAAGACUGAUCAGGAUCCUUACUGUCCGUUGGGAGAACUAAUGACGGAUUACUCAGUUAGAAACCUAGAAAUUAAAUUGAAGCAGCAGAGUAAAACUCAACCAGAGUUUGAUGGGUUGGGAGCACUGAGUGAUCUGAGGAGUGGGUUAGCAGAUUCAGUAAAGUUCCUAACAGUACGCCACCCUUACGAGAGAUUAGUCAGCAUGUACACUAACAAGUUUAAGGAUUGUGUCAGCCGUAUGUACUCAAAUCCAGACGGGGUCAUGGUCAAAAUAUUUCAGCUGCACAGAAAAACUGAACAGAAGUUUUCUCCCGAGGAGAAAGCAAGACUGAUAGAAGAGGCGCGGAGUGAGUGUUUAAAACCUCUAGAUGAGAGACAGAUAGAUAAAGAUAACCCUUAUAUGAACCCUAUGGGAGCUACCUUUAAAGAGGUUAUGCAGUUGAUCAUAUCUAACUUUAUGAAUGGGGUGUGGCCAGACUUUCACUGGAUUCAAGUAACCAAGUCAUGUGAUGUCUGUUCUAAGAAGUAUCAAGUUAUAGAAAAGUUCGAAACGUUGGAGCGGGAUCAUUAUUUCCUGCUGAAGACUCUAGGAGAGGAAGCGCGGUAUCCAGACAUAGCAGGUUCCCAUGGUAACCCUAGUGUCAAGGGACGCAACCCUCACGAACUCGUUUUUCACUACUUCUCACAGUUAGAUGAGAAUAUGUUGUGGGACCUACAAGCUGUGUAUAAGGACGACUUUAAUGCUUUUGGUUACAAUCCACAUUUUAGAUUGAGGAAGAAUCCCUACCAUAGAGUAUAAUGUAUAAUACUGUAUGUAGGAUUAUUAGCAGAUGUAAAUAACAUUCUCCGUCCCUCACAGAUAAAAUUUUAUUUAUUAUUAUUCAGAGAAUUAUUCAAGGUAUUG